UUUGUGAUCCUUACUGCGCUUAUUUGUCUGCUCACAGUACGUCACAUAAAUUUAGUUUGAGUCGGACAGGACAGUAUCAGUUCCACGACUGUCGGAGAAGCUAACCAGCAAUAGCUGAGAAAGAUGAGUACAUCAUACUCAACUGGUAAUGGGAAGCUUGUCAUCACCCAGGUCGUCCCUCAGAAUAAUGUGCAGGGUCCAAAUGCCACAACUACGGUACCUGUGCAAGUUGCCACAGGAACUAACUUUUGUUCAAUGCCACAGAAAUGGCAAAGGUUUCUCAAAGGUGAACCAAAGGCUUUAGGGGUUGUUCAGAUCAUGAUUGGAUUGAUUAACAUUUGCUUUGGGAUAGUCCUGGCAUUUCCUGGAUCACUCGCUGUGUUUUGCGCAAUUCCAUUUUGGACAAGUGUAAUGUACAUUAUUUCUGGAAGUCUGUCUAUUUGUGCUGCAGAUAAGAUGCAACCAUGUCAAAUUAAAGGAGCCUUGGCUACGAAUAUCAUCAGCACAAUUUUCAGCUGCAUUGGAAUCAUCGUAUAUUCAAUAGAUUUAGGAAUUAAUCCCCGCUUUCGUCAAAUAUAUUCCAAUUAUUCAUUUCAGAAUUCUUCAGUGGCCUUUACAACUCUGUCAGUUCUCUAUGAGGCUAUACAAGGAAUUAAGGGUAUCCUGUUGAUUUUCACUAUUCUCGAGUUCUGGGUGAGCUUGUUCACAUCAAUCUAUGGCUGCAAAGCAACCUGUGGAAACCCAGACCAGCCUGUAAUUAUCAUCCAGCAGAAUGUUGACCCAUCAGGAAUUCCUGUACAGAUCCCACAAUAUAAUAUUCCACAGCAGACUACUCCUAUCACACAGCCAUAUGAUUGGCCUUCAAAUAUGUAUUCUUUCCUUCGUCCAUAGGCUAAAUAAAAGUGCGGUUGAGCUCUACAGCACAUGACAUUGACGAAAGUGACUGUGGAAAGGGGUUUGCCAUCAAAAUGAAAGCCUCAGAUAUUUAUUUUUAUUAAUCAACAUUUAACUCCAAUAUCUUUUAAUUUAUGUUGCUUUGCUUAAGUACUGAUUUACUUUAUUUAGAUUGACACCAAGAGUCCUGAAGAAUCUUUAAGGAAGUGAACCUUUGUGUUUUCUGCUAAGAGAUAUAUGAAGUGCAGUUAACAUGUACAUUUAUUUUUUUACUGAUAUGGCGAUUUCCUAGAUACCUAGGAGAAUGACAUUCACUAUGCUGAUAUAAUUUGAGGUUUUAGCAAAUCUUUCAGUAUCAGAAGGGAGUAUACUUUUGCCUGGAAUUGAUUUCAUUAAACGUUUUCUCAGUUUCCUGUAUUUGAUUAAUCUGAGGUAGAGUUAUUAUAAAUAUAAAUCAUGAUAGCAUCACUACCAUAUCAACUCAAAAAAAAUUUUAUUUCAUCUUCCUCAACCAACCAGAUUACUUGAAGAACCAAGGAUUUUCAUUUUAUUUUUUCUUGUAACCUCAAGGUCCAAUUACUUAUAUAUUACUAUAUAUAGUAUAUAGGUGUGGGUGGAGCCAUCUGCAGCACUGGAUGUAUUCUCAUUUGUUAAUCACAUCUGGCCCUAUGAGACUUCAAAACUCCCGUCACAAAGUUUGGGCUCUGGAGAAAAAUACAUAUUUUACUAUUAAUUUCUUAGUUUGAAUUUAGGGUUGCGUUAAAUACUUAGAUUGACAUGGCUUUUAUAAAUAGGUAGAUUACUUCCUAUGCAGAAGAGUCAAUAUGAAGGCGAUUUAAGACUGCAAAAUGAUGACGGGGGAGAGGAUAGUUAUGGCAGCAUAGGACAGUGGUCUGUAGGAUGACGUUGGGCAGCGGUUCUCAAACUGUGGGGUGCGCCCCUCUAGAGGGGGUGCUGAAG